AUGGACAAUAAAAAAGUAUUAGGAGCCGAAGAUGACCCAUUCGCAUAAAAAAUGUUUACUAAUUUUGUAACUGCAGCAGGAGGUGUUGCAGAUAUUGCUGCAGAUGGUCAAAUAUGUUUAGAUAAAUUUAAAGGAAACUCGGAUGGUUAUAAAAUUAUAUUUAUGGAUUUGACAAUGCCUAAUAUGGAUGGAUUUGAAAUGAUGAUAGUGGAACUAUGA